AUGGCCGAGCUGCAGAGAGUGAAGACGGAGGUGGACAGCGAAACUGCCGCAGAGGACCCCAGUGCGAUACUGGAGCUUUGCCAAAAGGCAGAAGCUUUUAAGAAGAAGGGCAACGAUCGCUUGAAGGACAACACGAAGUCCGCGGCGAGGGAAGCCUUGGAAUUGUUUACCAGCGGCUUGGAAGUGCGCUGCAGCGACCCGAAGCUGAAUGCGCAGCUUUUCAGCAAUCGUGCCCACGUGCGGCUGCUCCUGCGGCAGUUCGUGGAAGCGGUGGACGAUUGCCGAAGAGCCAUAGAGCAGGAUCCGAAGAACAUCAAGGCGUACUGGCGCGCGGCCAGGGCGUCGCUUCACUUGGACCUCUGCCGGAAUGGCAUCGACUUCUGCGAGGCGGGGCUGAAGCAGGCGCCCGGAGACUCGGAUCUCGUGAAGCUCCGGGACUCCUGCGCCGAGAAGUUGGCGGGGCAGCAGCAGAGGCGAGCUGAGGCCCGUUCGGUUGCCAACCGUGAUUUCAACGCAGACGAAGCCAUGGCUGUCCAGGAGAAGGUCUCCGGAUUGAGCGAACAGCUGGCCAGACUUCAGGCGUCCUUCGCGAGCAAGCAGCGUCAGCGAGUUCGGCUGGAGCUCACGCAGCAGACAGUCACUUCCACGCCGGAGGAUACCAAUCUCUACCGUGGGGUGGGCCGCUGCUUUCUGCUGGGUGACCGGCAGCCAAUUCUAGACGAGAUGAAGCAGACAAUGGACAGCAUAGAUGAGGAGCUGCCAAAGAUGCAGAAGGCCAGUCAGGAGUUGGAGAAGCGCAAAGACGACGCUGAGAAGGAGCUGCGCGAGAUGAUUUCCGUGUUCCAGAAGCAGGCAGAACGUUCUGCCGCUACAGCCGCCUGA